CCAUGAGCUGGGCGCCUCCAGGAAGCGCGCUCCCCGCUGGGGCUUCGGCCGGGCCGGAGGGAGGGGCCCCUCGCAGCUGGCCGGCCGCGCCCCCCGCCCCGCCCCGCCCGGAGAGCCCCGCCGUCGCUGGCAGCGCAGCCAUGGCCGGGUGGCUGGUGGAUGGGACGCAAGUGUCUUACAUUGGCCAGGACUGCAAAGCAAUUCCAGAAUUCCUUGGGAGAAAAUAUGGAAGCAUCGCGAAAAGACUGGAUCUCAGCUUCAACUUAUUACGACUCCCGAUGAUCACUCACAUGAACCUGCUUCUGGCUGUCAUGCUUUACCCAGAUGGAUACUCAGACGAGAAAGCUAUGUGGCAGACAUUUGACAACAUGCCUCUUUUAAAAGAAAUGUUUAUUACAAAUAUUAGAAGGUGCCAACUCUGCACCGCAAGGAUUUGCGAGAGGAGACCAUUAGAGCAGCUUCUCCAAAUCUUCUCCAGAACAUCCCAAGCGAGGGAAGAUUGGGCUUCAUCAAGGAGAAGUGCACGGUUUCCAGACUGAGCUGAUAGAGUAUCAGCGUGGAGGAAAGACAGCUGUCACGUAAAGCCUCCUCUUCAUUGAUCAACACCCCAAACUGUUUUGCUCCGUGGCAAUAUCAUAAUGAACAAUGCAAGAUCAGAGGAAUCCCCAGCAAAUUAUGCAGCCCUCAAGGCUGAAGCUAGCAAGGCUCCUUUCCCAGAACGCCAAGGGAUCCGUUUGGUGACCAGCGUCCUUUUUAGAUGCUUUCAAGAUAAUUUAGGCUGUAUUUUAAACAUAAGUGGCAAAUUUGCUUCAUUGGAGAAUAAUUUUUCCAAUACUGAACUUCUGCCUUGCUCAGGGGAGUGCACAAAAGAAUUGUGGGAAGUUACAAAGAGACAUGCAGGUAGGUUUACAUUUCCCAGAUUAAUUCACUUGAUGAAAAGCUGCUGCUUCUGAUGUGUCAUACAUCAAAGGUAGGUCAUCAGUAAUCUUUGCUCAAGGGCACAGCUAACAGACAGACAGACAUGUGAAUGAGAUGGGGGAGAAAAAACAUAGUUCAUCCUUUUCUGCUAACACCGCAGUGGAGAUAAAGGAAGAUUUAUGAGUCAUUUUGGACCACAUACCAGCCAGCAGUGCACAGUAUUUUUCACAUGUUCCCAAAAUCGGUGGUGGAAGGCAAUCAGGCUGUCACAAUGUCCAUCAGGUGCUUUUACAAAGAAAUUGGCUCCUUUGGACUUUUCUCUCACAUGCUCCGUUAUUUUGGGUUUUUUUUUUUAAAUCUGCUGUCAAGAACGUGCAUGUUUGCAAUAAAUUUAAUCCGAAAAACAACUAAACACCGCUGCAUUCACUUAUACUCACAGCAGGAUGCUCUUGAGUUACAAAAGGCUGAGUUCAAAGGAUCAUAAGGAGGAGGACAGAACUGGCUAGGAGUAUUUUAGCAAGAGAUGUGAAAAAGUAAGAGUAGACUAUCUCAGUCUGUAGAAGGUCAUACGUACAAGCCCUUGGUUAACUUAAAGUACAUCCGUGAAUCGUAGCUCAAGUAUUGCAUUACAUUAAUUGGGUGUAUAUGUGUCAUGGGUGAGUUUCUAUUGAUUCCAGAAAUUUAAUUGAAAGAAGCAGAGCCCUUUGGAGUUGUCCAAUCCCCAACUCCAUUUUUUUCACUUAAAGGAAACAACUUCAGCCAUGCUUCAUGGAAACAGUCAAAGAUCUUCACUCCUGCAGCUUUGAGACUCACAAUUUCACAAUAACAAAGCAAACCAAUGGCCACUUUUCUUUUCUUCACGUUGGAUUUCAGUAGAACAGAACAGAAUGGAACAGAACAGAAUCUAAUGGAAUGGAAUGGAACGGAAUGGUACGGAACGGAACGAACAGAACAGAUUCUUUAUUGGCCAAGUAUGGUUGGACACUCAAGGAAUUUGUCUCCAGUGCAUAAGCUCUCAAUGUACAUACAAGUAACAGUAACAGAUCAUGAUCAUAAACAACGUAAAAGUACAGUUAUCAUAAAUCAUAAGAUGCAACAUCUAGUGAUAGUCAGAGGGUACUAGCUAAGCAACAACAUAAAUCAUAUUAGGAUACUAAAUAAAACAAUAUAAAUUGCAAGAUACAAGCAACAAAGUUAUAGUCAUAACAAGAGAAGGACAGAGGUAAUAGGAAAGAUGUGGAGAAUAAUGGUAAUACAGCUUUACUAAGUAGUUUGACGGUGUUGUAAAUGUCAGAGGUAAAAGGAUAACUUUUUCAAUCAAUGUCCUACUGUGCAAGUAAAUGUAGAUAGAUAGACAGAUAUAUUUUAUAGAUAGAUAGAUAGAUAGAUAGAGAGAUAGAUAUGGAUGGAUAGAUAGAUAGAUAGAUAGACAGAUAGAUAGAUGAAAUCGGAUACUUUGAUAUGGUUGGUUAGUACAUUACUGCAUAUAUCUUUAAAUUUUAAUUGCAAUAGUAACACCAGAUAUUAAUUUCUACAAAGCUGCUAACAAUUCAGAGGGGCAAAAUGUUUUAUUCCAGGGUGUGUUGCCAUAGUUAUGCAGAAAAUUUGCAAACAUUAAAUCAGACCCAUUUUUCAUGUUUAUCAUUUUUAAUUUCAGCAACUAUGCCUCAACGGAGUAUUUUGUGAGUUAGAGAGACCAGCAAUAAGUUUGCCUGGCAGGAUAGCUGUCAGAAAGCACCCCCUAAAAAAUGGGAGGCCAAGACCAAAAAAAAAUUAAAUUGAUAACUGCUGUUCAAAAUUAAUUGCCAGUAAAAUAAGGCAUCCCAUAUAUCAAAUUAAUUGAUCCCUGUCUAUAUAUAGAUAUACUAGCACACCCUGCCUCCUAUGAGCAAUAACGAGAGGUAAGGAAAAACCCAACAUGAGGAUGGGUUAAAUGUUCACUGAUUGAAGAGGGCCUGGUCAGGAAACAGUCAUGGCAAGAAAGACUACAGCUAUCUUUAUUGGUCCUGCGCCAUGGUGACACUGUGGUUAGAAUGCAGCACUGCACUUUCAACCUA